AUAACGGCAGCUGGCAUGAAUAUAAAAGAAAGACACCACAAAGAAUCUAAAGAACCAAAAAAUCAAGAGAAAAAAAUAAGAACAAAACUCAAGUUACUUAGAUUCUUCUUAUACACAGAUGAAUCAAGGAGAUCAUAUAAUAAAUAAUGGAGAAGGCUCAGUGUGUUGCUUCUCCGAGACGACCAUUACGUCCUCAAAUCCAGUCUACAAUAAUCCCAUGACGGCCGCGACAAAAUCAUCGGAAGACGAGGACGACAUAUCGCUCUCUCUUCUACUUAAUCUCUCUACCAUGCAGGACAAAGUCCAUCGGAUCAAGUCUCUGGUCAGUUUUUUCAUGAUAUCUACUAAUAACAAUAACCAAUCCACGGAGUCAACGUCGUCUUUGGCCGUGGCUAAUAUCGGAAGUUUGGUUCAAGAUAUUAUCACGGCUGGUACUUCAAUGAUGUUCACUUGCCAACAACUCCAAAUCUCAUCUAACAACAACAGUAAUUUCGAUAACGAUACAGUUGUUAUGAACUUUCCCCCACAAGAAAUCGACAGGGAUCAUGAGUUCAUGAGAGAGUCGUCAACCAACCUUAUUGGUGUCCAAGAAAGAGGACGCAGUUCGUUUAUCGACCAGACUACGAAGAAUCUUGAUUGGUUCGGCACUCAAACCCUAAACCCUAAAAAAAAUAAUCCUCGAUAUAAAUCAAUAUCCGGUGACUAUGAGCUAGUUGAGCUAGGUGUAGCGGAUCUACUAGCGAAAUACACGCAUUACUGCCAGAUUUGCGGAAAGGGGUUUAAGCGAGACGCGAAUCUAAGGAUGCACAUGAGAGCGCACGGAGACGAGUACAAGACACGUGAAGCCUUGAUCAGCCCAACGAGUCUUGACAAGGAAGUCGAAUGCUCGACGAGACAUUACUACUCGUGCCCUCAACAAGGGUGUAGAUGGAACCAGAGGCACGAGAAAUUUCAGCCGUUGAAAUCUGUGAUCUGCGCCAAGAAUCAUUACAAGAGAAGUCACUGUCCGAAAAUGUAUAUGUGCAAGAAAUGCAACGUGAAACAUUUCUCCGUUCUCUCAGAUCUUAGGACGCACGAGAAGCAUUGCGGGGAUAUCAAGUGGCUUUGCUCUUGUGGGACUAGGUUCUCUAGGAAAGACAAGCUUAUGAGCCAUGUUUCCUUAUUCUUGGGCCACUCACCGGCUCAUGGGCCGCCUCCGAUGAGCACCCUCAAAAGUAAGAUGACGGCCGAAGUUGAGUUCUAAAGAGAUUUCUAAGACGUAUGUUAAAUGACUUGUGCAUUAACGUUUAUGUUACAAAUGAUUUUGGUUAUCUUUGGUAUAAUGUAUUUAUAGAUAUGCUAAAAUAUCUGACUUAGUUUUUCAUUAUCCAUGCUUCUCUGCUAAGUUAUGUGUGAUAUUUUUGGUUUACUCAUGUAACUUCUGAUUUCUGAAUAAUAGUUACAACGUUGAG